AUGAAAGAAGCUGAGAAGCCACGUGCAGGGGACAAAUUCUGCUGCAUUUCCAAGCUGAAGGUAUUUCUGCUGGCACUAUCACUUGCAUUUGUUGGUAAAACGAUGUCUGGUGCUUACAUGAACAGCAUGUACACCCAGAUAGAGAAACAAUUUAAUAUUCCGGCUUCUUUAGUGGGGAUCAUUAAUGGAAGCUCUGAAAUUGGCAACUUGCUGCUGAUAGCGUUUGUGAGUUACUUUGGAGCAAAGCUUCACAGACCCAGAAUAAUUGCUUUGGGCUGCACAAUUCUGUCAUUUGGAUGCCUUUUGAUAUCAUUUCCUCAUUUCCUAUUUGGAAGGUAUCGUAUUGAAAGCAGUAUUUCACCAUGGGAUAAUUUUUCAGUCAUGUCUCUGUGCCUUGUUAAUCAAAGCUUGUUCUCUUUACCUACAGAGGAACCAUCAACAGAAUGUGAAAAAGAGCAUGGGUCCUUGCUGUGGAUAUUUGUGAUGGUUGGAAACAUAGUACAAGGAAUGGGUGAAGCUCCCAUCAUGCCUUUAGGCAUUUCAUAUUUGGAGGAUUUUGCCAAACCAGAGAAUUCACCUUUCUACGUGGGAUGUCUACAUACAGCAACUGUAAUUGGCCCUUUCCUUGGUUUCUUGUUGGCAUCAUUCUGUGCAGAACUGUUUCUUGAUCUGGGAUCAGUAGAUGCAGAGGACAUAACUAUAAAAGCUACUGAUGCCCACUGGCUUGGAGCAUGGUGGCUGGGCAUUUUGAUUUGUGCAUCACUGAAUCUUCUCGCAGGAAUACCUUUUUGGUUUUUGCCCAAGUCACUUGUGAAGGAAGAAGAAACCAAUGAACCUGAGGAGACAAGUAAAAAAAGUGUAGUACUCUUGCAAGAAAAUCAUAAAAAUGAAGCCAAACAGACCAUGUAUGAAAUUGCUAAAGAUGUCAUCCCGUUCCUCAAGGCUCUGUUUCACAACCCAGUUUAUAUGUUAUUUAUAUGCAUAACGGUGUUACAGUUCAGUGCCUUCAAUGGCAUGAUAUCCUUCAUGCCCAAAUAUUUGGAACAGCAGUUUGGAAAAUCUGCGUCGGAUGCCAUCUUCUUAAUUGGUAUAUUUGCAUUUUGCUUUGCUGUGUGUUUUUACAACUUACCAGUUAUAUGCGUUGGGUAUUUUUUUGGAGGCUUAUUCAUGAAGACAUUAAAGAUAAAUAUCUGUCAGGCUGUGAACACAGCAUUUUGGAUAUCUUUACUGGAAUACCUUCUCUACUUUGCUGCCUAUCGGACUGUCUGUGAUACUUCACCAGUUGCUGGCCUAACAGUUUCCUAUGAAAGACUAGAGCAAGUUUCAUAUGCAGAAAAUACUCUACUAGCUGACUGCAACAGGGAUUGUGAUUGCCCGCUUAAAAUAUGGGACCCAGUUUGUGGGAACAAUGGAAUCACAUAUGUGUCACCUUGUCUUGCUGGGUGUAAAGCCUCAAGAGGAACUGGAAAAACUGUGGUAUUUGAAAACUGCACCUGUGUUGCAGCCUCGGGGUUUUCAUCUCAAAAUGUCUUUGCAAUUCUGGGCCAGUGUGAUGGAGAAGAAAACUGUGACAAGAUGCUUCAUUAUUUUUGAAUAUUGUCAUUAGUCUGCAGCUUCAUUUUUUCCUUAGCAGCCGUGCCUGGGUACAUGGUCUUAAUAAGGUCUCUAAAGCCUGAAGAAAAGUCAUUUGGAGCGGGUAUCCAUGGACUAGCUUCAAAAGUAUUUGCUGGAAUUCCAUCUCCCAUUUAUUUUGGAGUUUUGAUAGAUACCACUUGCUUGAAGUGGGGUACUAUGACUUUUGGCGGUGAAGGAGCAUGUAGGAUGUACGACAUUGUCACAUAUAGGUGGCUCUAUCUUGGCCUGCCAGCAAUAUUACGUGGAGCGUCCUAUAUCCCAAGAGCACUAAUUCUCCUAAUUUUAAAGAAGAAACUUAAAUCUGAAAGCCAAGUCUUAUUAAAUGCACCAGUAGAAAUGCAGGAUAAAGUACAAGAAGCAUUGAAAUAG